AUAAAAUAAAGAGAUUAAUUAAAAAAAAAAUGCAUUUCAGUGACAUGACACCUACAUCGACGUGUUCCCAUGCUGGCGAAACCUUGCUGUUUGCGCCGAUCAUUAACCAACAGCUCACGGAAAAGGGACCGGGGGUAGGUACGUCAUGUGCGAAUUUCCUCUUUUCUCAUUUUGAGACGGAGAUUAUGGUUUUGCAAUCUGUCAACAACUUAAAAAAAAUUACUUCCUCCUGAAGAGGUGUCUUGGAGGAGAAACCUCGUGGUCGCUCAUGCGAAGACGAGACUCAGCUAUGAGAAAACACUCUCCUCAGCAAAAUCGACCGCCGCUCGCCACCAUGAAUGACUCGCGCGAUCGGCCGAAGGUGACAUUCUGUGCCUCGGCACAGCUCCUGCGCGCCGCUUACUCCGUGUACCGCCUGCCGCACGCGACUACGCGGGGCGAGCGUGGCCUUCUGCUCGCACUGUGCCUGCUAACGUCCACGCUCAGCAGCUGCUUCGUGCUCAAGGUGGUGUGGGAGGCGGAGGAGGUGCGGCCACCCAUUCGCCUGGGCGUGACGACCACCUACGUGGCCCUGACUGCCGCGUUGCUCUUCUCUUCCAAGCAGCUGCGCUGCAUUUCGUUGCUCGUCGUGCCGGCACUGGGCACGAAGCGUGGCCGCGAGUACAUCUUGUAUGCCGCGGCGGGGCUGCUCGCAGUCCACACGGCUCCCAACACGUUCCACAACCUCAGGGCGCUGGGCGAGGUGUCCCUGUGCAAGGCCCUGAGCGGCAUCCGCAGUGUCAUCAACAACUCGGCGCGCAGGGAGGCCGUCGUGCGCGAAUACGCCACGGUCGAGACGCAGACCGUCAAGGGCCUCUUGCAGUUCCACUCCGUCCAGUCAAAUUACGUCUUUGACGUCAAGACCAGAGACGUCUCGACGGAGCUCGACUCGCUGAGGCUCAAGGUGGAGAACGUGACGCGCAACGUUGCGGCGAACUUCAAGACGUUCCAGGCCACCGUGGAGAAGGUCCGCGCGGUGCUCAGCACGGUGUUUUCCGUCGCGUCUGUGCUGUUGGUGCUCGCGCUGUCGGCCGCCUACCUGCGGAGCUACCUCACCAACGUCCUCUUCGACAACAUCUACAUCACAGAGGAGCUGCGCGCGCUGGCUCGGCAGACCGACCCAAGCGGGGAGGCCAUGAGGUGCCUCAAGGCGGAUGGCAGGCGGCAGCUUGUCGACUCCACCUCGCUGAGGCUGUCAAGGAAGGAGACGGAGAACUGGCCCCUAAGCAUCCUUACCCUCUUCACCUGGCUGCUCCUCGUGUCCCUUGCAAUCGGCGUCGAGUACGGGGUCUACGCUCUCACCGACACGUUGCUCGCCCUGGCCGAUACCAUCCCACCGGCACAUGCCGAAGUGCGACUCUACUAUGAGGUUUACAUCGACCAGACGUUUCAAAACCGGCGCUACCUGACGAAAGUGCUGCGUCGGCCCAACUUCACCCUGGAGUUCGCUCGGUGCCACACGGAGCUGUCCCCGCCGGCGCCACACGCGACGAUCGGCGUGUACGCGCUGCUGCUGCUGGCGCUCGUCCUCGUCUUCCUGGGCUCGUACGCCUACCGCCUGCGCCGCAAGAUCGCCGCCUCCUUCUUCCCCGAGGUGGAGAGCAGGCGCGUCCUGCAGCUGCACGCCCGGAUGAAGACGCUGCACCGCCACAGGGCCGGGCAGCAGCCGGCGCCGGAGCAAUUGCCGGAGCAAGGAUUGGGUCUGAAGAGGUGGAAGGGUGCUGGAGCACCAAAGCGAGUGGCCGGUGGGGGGGACCGGUCGGAGGUUUCGGUAUCGGCAGGGCAACCAGUGCGAGACAAGGGGAUGGAGCCGAUAUGGACGCUACCGCUGAGGCAGCAGCUGGAGCAAGCAUUGACAAAAAGAUGAGGGACGGUGCCGAAAGUGGCCACCACGGCGCUGUGAGAUCUCGCUACGGUGGCUCGGAGAUGGUAACUCCCUCGCCUGGUAUGCAGGAGGACGUGAGUUCGAUCCCGACCCUGACGCCUGCUGUAUAUUUGGAGUUUGCAUGUUCUCC